GCGGGGCGGCUGCGAGAGGACCCCGGGUGACGGCGGCGGCGGCGCGACGGGAGCGGCGUGGUUCUGAGGGAGUGCUGGCAGUUCCCCUCGCCCUUUGGCCCUCUCGCUGCCGAGGCAAUGCCCAAAGUGAAGAGGAGCAGGAAGCCUCCCCCGGAUGGCUGGGAGCUGAUCGAGCCCACGCUGGACGAGCUGGACCAGAAGAUGAGAGAAGCUGAGACGGAGCCACACGAAGGGAAGAGGAAAGUGGAGUCUCUCUGGCCCAUCUUCAGGAUCCACCACCAGAAAACACGUUACAUCUUUGAUCUCUUCUACAAGAGGAAAGCAAUCAGCAGAGAGCUCUAUGAGUACUGCAUCAAGGAGGGCUAUGCUGACAAAAACCUGAUAGCCAAGUGGAAGAAGCAGGGCUAUGAGAAUCUCUGCUGCCUGCGCUGCAUCCAGACUCGGGACACCAACUUUGGCACCAACUGCAUCUGCAGGGUCCCCAAAAGCAAGCUGGAAGUGGGCAGAAUCAUUGAGUGCACUCACUGUGGAUGCAGAGGCUGCUCUGGGUGAAGCCUUCUGCCAUCAAACUUGUAUUUUGAACUCUGAGGGACACCCUCCUCCUUCUCCUCAAUGGACUAUGAGUGCAAUUACAGCCAUUUUCUGUGAUGGGCUAUUUCUGUAUUAAAUUAAAGCAUCAGCAUGAUCACCUGGAUCGUGCAUAAAUGGGGGGUGCUUUGGAGUAGGGUUUUGUGUAGCCAUUUAUUUUAAAAUAAAGCUUGCCUUCCUGAGAAA